GAGACAAAGAUGAUCUCGACGCGAUUCUGAACGAAAUGCGGCUUGAAGGCGAGGAUUACGCUAUGCCCGAGACUUCCAUGCUACGCUCGGUAGUUGUCGGUAUCUGGUCGAUCAUUUACCUUUCGACAGAUAUGCUAGAACUUCGUUUCUCCGAAAAAGUUGCUCAAAUGGCUUCACUCUGCUUUAUCAUUUCCACAUUUGUGGCUGGAAUGGCUGGGAUGUUCAUUAUCGAAAGAUUUGGUCGCCGUACUCUUUUGUUAUGGCUUGGCCUGCUCAACACCAUUUCCCUAGCACUUUAUGUAGCAUUCGACCAGUUAGCCAAUAUCUACGAACCACUGAAGUGGGGUAACGUAUUAGCACUGAUACUCUUUGGAGUGACAUAUGGCAUUGGCCUUGGCCCAAUCGCCUUUUUCAUCACUUCCGAAUUGGUUGCACAACAGCAUCGUUCAUUAGUGCAGUCAAUGGUGUUUGCUGUGAAUACGGUAGCAAACUUCUUGUUUUCCUUUGCCACUUUGCCGGCUUAUACACACAUCCAAGUAAGUUGAAA